CUUUCAUCUCUCUUUUUUCUCUCUUUUCUUUUUCUUUAUCUCUUUUUGUACAUAUACUUUGUCCUUGUAUCUAAGCAAAUUAUAGUUUAAAGCUGGCUCUUUUUUCUAAUACAUAUACAUAUAUAUAUAUAUAUACAUAAACAUACAUAUUUCAUUAUGGUCACAGUAACAAAAAUCGUAGAUCGAGUCACUGAAACAAAAUGGUCUAAAUUAUAUGUUUCAAUGGCUACUUGUCAAUGUUUGAUUAUUAUCGCACUUCAAGCUUCUAUUUGUUAUUUAAAUACAUAUCAAGCAAAUUUACUUCCAGAGCCAACUUCAAAUAGUGCUCUUACAGCUAGUUCUACACAAGAUGAUUGGAUUCCUAUUCGCGCUGCAGAUCGUCUUGGCAGAAUCAAAUGGGAGAACAUUGCAUUUAUGGGCUUUCAAGUCUGGUUUUUAGGCAUGGUGUUUGAUGCUACGGUCUAUCAAAACACAGCCGAGAUCUUAGCAUUAGCCAUUAUUAAUAUGGUAUGUGCUGUCUUAGGCGCACUUCAAGUAGUCGAUGGUGUCAAAUGGCUUAAGCAACUUUUAUUAACAUCCUAUUCAGUCAGUGCGCUAGACAUGGCAGAAAAGAUUGAAAUUGCUCUGUCAGCUGCUAUUUUAACAUUUGCCAUUAUCAUGUCAUUUCUCAGUUAUCAGAUGUCAAAACAAUUUGGCUGGAAUAUUUAUAAGAAGAUUGGUGCCGAUGUACAGAUUCAAAAAAUGUACCGUAUGUUUCAGUUCUUUGUCUUGGCUCUCAAGAUUGACAUCUUUACAUGCUUCAUGGUCUCUGUCUUUUACAUGAUCCAAUUUGCUUUGAAACAAGGGCUUAUGUGGGAGUCUGUUGUUCAGCUGAUUGUUACUAUCUUGGUCAUUCCUAUGCUUUAUUUUGCCCGUACAGCUGGAAGCGCUGAAAGCAAUAUAAGAAUGGUUGUGUUCAUUAUCUUUGAAUGCACUGUCUUAUUCCAUUUCGCUUUGAUUUUAUCACAGACAAUUCAGCCCAACAACAAUUGGUAUACCUGGAUUGCUUUGGUGUGUUUGGGUAUUGUCAUGACCCUCUGUACUUGUGUAUUAGGCCUUAUUUGUAUGCGCAGUUUUGGCAAAGGCCUUAAGCCAUUUGUCCAAAGAGGAAAUGUCAAGGCCAAGAUGGAUCUUGAAAACAAUCUUCGUAAACAAAAAGCACAUGAUAGUUGGCAAAUCGAUGAUGAUUAAUAAAUUCCUUUAUUG